AUGCACCAAAUCCUCGGGAUCCAGCUCCGGGUCCGCCGCCGCCGCCGCUUCCAGCAUCGUCCCGGCCACUCCCGUCCCGCUGCCGUCCCGCUUCGCCCCCGCCGCGCGCUGGCCCCGCCCGGCCGCCGUACGCGGGGCCACUUCCGGGCUCGCCCGGAAAAUGCCGUUGCCAUGGAGAACCCGGAAGUGGACGCUGCCAUGGCGACCCCGGACGCCACGCCGGACUCGACUGUAGAGGGCUCGCAGGAGGAAGAAGAACAGGAGAGCUCUGAGGGGCUGGAAACAACUCAAAGUUCUGCGUCCAAACCGGAGAGCGAACAAUCGAGUUCUGUGACCUUUGUGAAAUCCCAGGAACAGGAGAAGGAGCAGGACAAGGAGAAGGAGCAGGACAAGGAGAAGAAGAACAAGCAGGAUGAGGACCAGGAGAGCAUCAUUUCCUCACUGCUCUCUCAUUUAGAGCCCGGGGGUGGCAGCCCCAGAACACCGAAGCGAGUCCUGGCAUUCGUGAGGGUCAAGCCAAGUGCUCAUUUUGCCCAAGAUAUCAUCAAGCUUGGCUCAGACAACAAGAGCAUCGAUAUCUACAUCCAGAAGAGUCCCAAGGGAGGAAUUGUGAAUAACUCUCAGACUGACUGGUCCUUCAGGCUGGAUGGGCUCCUCCACAACGCUUCCCAGGAAAUGGUUUACGAGACCGUGGCGAAGGACCUGGUGUCCAAAGCUUUGCAGGGCUACAACGGCACCAUCAUGUGCUAUGGGCAAACUGGGGCUGGCAAAACCUACACCAUGACGGGAGCAGCCUCUGAGUACAGGGACAGAGGGAUCAUCCCCAGAGCUAUCCAGCAGGUCUUCAAAUCGGCCGCGGAAUUCCUCAACAUCCUGGUGAGCGUCCGAAUUUCCUACCUGGAGAUCUACAACGAGGCCUUGUUUGACCUCCUGGCGCCGGCGCUGGGCCGCGGCUGCAAGGACGCCCAGCUGGCCGUCAUGGACGGCCCCCGGGGCGUCUAUGUCAAGGGGCUCUCCAUCCACCCCGUCAGCCACGAGGAGGAGGCCCUGCAUCUCCUUUUCGAGGGUGAGACCAACAGAGUGAUAGCAGAGCACAGCCUGAAUAAGAACUCCUCCAGAUCCCACUGCAUUUUCACGAUGUACAUCGAGUGUCGUUCCAGGGAUUACACAAAUCACAAAUGCCUUAAAUCUAAAAUCACCUUGAUUGACCUGGCAGGGUCCGAGAGGCUGAGCAAGACCGGGUCUGAGGGCCAGGUGAGGGUGGAGGCCUCCUACAUCAACAAAUCCCUGUCGUUCCUGGAGCAGCUGGUGAUCGCCCUGGCCGAUCCCAAGAGGGAGCACAUCCCCUUCAGGCAGAGCAAACUCACCCACGUCCUCAAGGACUCGCUGGGGGGAAACUGCAACACUGUCCUGGUGACAAACAUCUAUGGGGAAGCUGAGCAUGUGGAAGAGACUCUCUCCUCCCUUCGCUUUGCCACCAGGAUGAACUGGGUGACAGCAGAGCCUGCCCCCAACGAGCCCUUCUUCAGGGAGACAUCAGUGAAGGCUCUGGAGGAGGAGAUCCAGCUCCUGAAGCGAGAGCUGAUCAUGCACGACACCUUGGCAAAUCGCUCCUCCACGAGUUACACCCCCCUGACUACCACCCAGAGAGCAGAAAUCAGAUCCCAAGUGCAGAAAUACCUCAGAGGAGUCAUUGAGGAAAUCGAUAUUGUGAACGUCAGGCAGAUCCAGGAGGUGUUUAGGCAGUUCAAAGUGAUUGUAAGCCAACAGGAGGAAGAGGUGGAGAACAGGCUCUGGAGCAAGUACGGGCUGGGACACCGAGACGUCGCUUCUGAGUCUGACUUGAGUUCUGACCUGCAUUUGGCUGAGGCUCAGGCUGAGGAGAAGCAGGAAGGAAAGGGAAGAACAGUUGAGAAGGAUGAGGAUUUGGGGCAGGAUUCCAAUCAAGGGACACUGGAGACCGGAAGUUUCCCUACAUCCCUCGUUCCCGAUGGGAAGAAGGGAGCCAAGGAGGAGGAUGUGAAGGAAAAAAGUGAGAGCCCUCCUUCUGACCCAAUCCGGGAUGGUUCCUCACCAUCCCAAAGCCCCACCAAGGAUCUGGAUGAGGAAGAGGAAGGAGGUGACCAGGACAGUGAUGAAGAGGCCUCGGUCACAUCUUCAGAGGAUUCUCAGUUCAGGUCCCCUCCAUCCAAGAAAGAGGCGUUUGAGCUGUUCAAGAAGGAGGCUGGACGGGAGAUCUCCCGGAUCUUCAGGGAGAACAGGACGAUCCUGCUUUCCAGGAAGAAGAGAAGCCAUUCUGUGGCACAGAGGAUCAACCACCUCAAGCAGCAGACGGAGGGAGUCAGGGAGGCUCUGGAGGCUCAGAAGAGGAAGAGGAGUCAGGAGGGAGAAUACGUGGACGAGAAAGGACGGGUGAUCAUCGACGAGAAGGAGUUUUCCCUCAUCAGGAAGCUGAAGGAGCUGAAGGAGGAGCACAGGGCUGGCUUUGCUGAGCUGCAGGACCUGAAGGCAGAGAUCCAGUACUGCCAGCAGCUGGUGGACAAGUGCAGGAAAAGGCUCAUCUCGGAGUUUGAGAUCUGGUACAAAGAAUCCUUCCUCAUCCCUGAAGAUGUGAGGGAAGCUCUGAGGCCGGGUGGGAACAUCAGACCUGGGAUGAUUCCCCUAAACAGAAUCACGUGCCUGGAUGAGGACGAGCAGGAGAGGUUUGAGCGGCUGCAGGAGACGGCGCUGCCCGACUGCCCGGGCUCCGUGUCCUUCUACAGGGCCAGGAUGAAGACGGAUCGAAGGCAAAGCUUCAGCAGGACCGUGGCAGCCCUCCGGAAAAUGUGCAGGAAACCCGGCACGGUGUCGGCUAACGGGAAGAAGAAAGCCCCGUCCUUCCUGCCCAUCACCUAGCCUGGAUGCCAGCGUUCCCGAGGGAAUGCCACCUCGGGAAGCGCCUCCCGCUCGCGUCCACCGUGGGUUUAUAAAAAUAAACGGCGGGAAAAGCGAAACCCCUUCCCAACCUCUGG